AUGAUCCGUACUAACGUCUCAUUCAGGAUACGUAGCAAGAUCCUUGCGCUGGAGCAAGACAAGGAAAACAUACCUCCUACGAAAGCUGCACGCUUGACUGCCAAUUCUCCAGCAGCACUCGACCGUCUCACCAAACCGUUCAAAUGUCCUGGAUCAGCUAAUGCUCGCAAGUCCAAUGGCGAGCCAACCCGAAAGCGAAGAAAGGUGAACUAUGCCGAGGCCGCUGGAGGCCAGGAUGAUAAGAGUGGGGGAUACAGUCUCGAUGGCGAUGGCGAGGGCGUAUCGCUUAAGGAUCGAUUCCCGAAGUUCAAAGUCAAGGAUACGGAGACCACUUUUCGAGCAAGAUUCUCCAUACCUCUGAUCAACAAGAAUGCAUGCGACCCUUCACGGCCAGCCCCUACCUUGGGUAUGCGACGAGGCGCAACAUUUGUCAACAAACCGUUACACGACCCCAGUGGAGAGUUCUCAAUUGUUCUCUACGAUCCUACAAUCGAUGAGAAGCCUGAAGGCCAGCCCGCAGAUGCAAACAAAGAAGAAAAACCAAAAAUUGAUACACCACUCAUGCACAAAAGUCUGGCCGAGAUACUGGGAAUCAAGAAGCAAGUUGAAGGCGAGAGACCGAAAGUGCCGGUUGUGAUUGAUCCACGACUGGCCAAAGUGCUACGACCUCAUCAAGUCGAAGGAGUGAAAUUCUUGUACAGAUGUACAACCGGCCUAGUCGAUGAGAAGGCCAAAGGAUGCAUUAUGGCUGACGAGAUGGGAUUGGGAAAGACUCUGCAAUGCAUUACCCUCAUGUGGACCUUACUCAAACAGUCUCCUGAAGCGGGCAAGUCCACCAUCCAAAAAUGUGUCAUUGCGUGUCCGGCGAGUUUGGUGAAGAACUGGGCGAAUGAGCUUGUCAAAUGGCUGGGUGAGGGUGCCAUUACCCCUUUUGCCAUCGACGGGAAAGCCACGAAAGAAGAGCUCACCAUGCAGCUCAAGCAAUGGGCGAUGGCCAGUGGGAGGUCGGUAGCUCGUCCGGUCUUGAUUGUGUCGUAUGAGUCCUUGAGGUUGAACAUUGAUGAACUCAAGGAUGUCAAGAUCGGUCUUAUGUUAUGCGACGAGGGCCAUCGAUUGAAGAAUGCCGAAAGUGGGACGUACAUGGCAUUGACUGGCCUGAACGUUGAUCGCAGAGUCAUUCUCUCUGGCACCCCCAUACAGAAUGACCUGAGCGAGUACUACGCUUUACUCGACUUUGCAAACCCGGGUUACUUGGGUACAAAAGCCGAUUUUCGCAAGCACUUUGAGCUGCCCAUCCUUCGAGGUCGUGACGCUGCCGGUUCCGACCUUGACAAGGAAAAGGGCGAAAAGGCCAAUGCUGAAUUGGGAUUUCUUGUCAAAAAGUUCAUCAUUCGAAGAACCAACGACAUCUUGUCCAAGUACCUGCCGGUCAAAUACGAGCACGUUGUGUUUUGCAACCUGGCUCCGUUCCAGAAGGAUCUAUACAACCAUUUCCUUCAGAGCCCUGACAUCAAAAGCCUCCUGAGAGGCAAAGGUAGCCAACCGCUGAAAGCGAUUGGUAUCUUGAAGAAACUGUGUAACCAUCCCGAUCUCGUCGAUCUUGACAAAGAUCUUCCCGGGAGCGAGAAGUUUUGGCCUGAUGAUUAUGUCCCGAGAGAAGCCAGGGGUCGAGAUCGGGAUGUGAGGUCCUGGUAUUCUGGGAAGUUUGCCGUGCUUGAACGCAUGCUUGCACGCAUACGACAAGACACAAAUGAUAAGAUUGUGCUCAUUAGCAAUUACACUCAAACUCUGGACGUCUUUGAACGACUAUGUCGGUCACGCAGUUACGGCUGUCUCCGGCUGGACGGUACCAUGAAUGUCAACAAGCGUCAGAAAUUGGUGGAUAAAUUCAAUGACCCCAAUGGCGAGGAGUUUGUGUUCUUACUGAGCAGCAAAGCGGGCGGCUGUGGUAUCAACCUGAUUGGUGCCAAUCGCCUUGUUCUCUUCGACCCAGAUUGGAAUCCAGCUGCUGACCAACAGGCCCUUGCUCGUGUAUGGCGGGAUGGCCAAAAGAAAGAUUGUUUCGUUUACCGCUUCAUGGGUACUGGAACGAUUGAAGAGAAGAUAUUCCAGCGCCAGUCACAUAAACAGGCGCUCUCUUCAACUGUGGUCGACUCGGCCGAGGAUGUGGAGCGACACUUCACUCUCGACUCCCUGCGUGAAUUGUUUCAGUUCAAGCCAGACACAACAAGUGACACUCAUGACACAUUCAAAUGCAAACGAUGUAAACCGGAUGGGACACAACAAAUCAAAGCCCCAGCGAUGCUGUAUGGUGACACGAGUUCAUGGAACCACUUUGUCAACAAUGGAGAGAAGGGACCAUUGGGGAAGAUCCAAGAUCUUCUUCUACGACAAGAAGCAUCGGAAGAUGCUGUCAGCGCGGUCUUUCAAUAUAUCAGCCACUAA